AUGCCGGAGGACCAUUCAUGGAUGGGCCCCUUGCAGGCCACGCUGCCAAAGUCCUUCCAAAGGAGCGCGACGUUGGAGGAUGAGCUGCUUGAAGAUGUGCUCCGAUCUAUGCACGUCAUUGCACCUCUUGCGCUUGCGGAUACCACUUGGGACAACGUUGGGCUCAUCAGUCAAGCUCCCGUGCCUCGCAAAGGUGCGGACAAGGUGUACCUCGCCAUAGACUUGACGGAAGAGGUAGCGAACGAUAUUCUCUCCAAACCCAAGGUCGGAGCUGCGGUCAUCUAUCAUCCAAUCAUAUUUCGACCCCUCAAGUCUCUUACGCUUGCUGACUCUCAGCAACGAUCGCUGCUCAAGCUGAUUCAAGCGGGCGUCAGCGUGUACUGCCCCCACACAUCACUGGAUGCCGCAGUCGGAGGCAUGACUGACUGGCUCGCAAAGGCCGUAGCACAAUCCCCAUUCAGCGUCUUGGAGAGCUCAGAUUGGAGAGUGAACGAAUCCGCUGAUCAGCAAGAUUCGCAGUUACUGCGAAAUCUUGCUAUGCCCUUCACGAUAGCUACCAUACUCAAGGACGAGAGCACUGAGGAGCUGGAGUACAAUCCCGAUCUCAUUUUUGCAGGCUCACGGCCGGUGAUCAAGCCCAUCAUUCCAAGCGAAGCGAAACAAGCGGGCCAUGAGGGUGCGGGCAUGGGAAGGCUGGUGACCCUUCCGAAGCCUGACUUUCUAGACACGGUCAUCUCUCACAUGAGAGAGUUCGUCAAGGUCGGCACAGAGCAAUGGACUGGCGACUUCACAAACUUUGCUCGCGAUCUCCACGAUCCUGGCAACGUAGUCAGAGUAGCAAGAGCGGCACGGCACGAAAAUGGCUUCCAAGGGAAGCGCAUCAGCAAGAUCGCUGUUUGUCCAGGCUCUGGAGGGUCCAUCUUCAAGAAUGUGGAAGCCGACGUGUACGUCACUGGCGAACUUUCCCAUAAACACUCGAGCGUAGUCUUGCUCAACCACACCAAUUCCGAGAGACCAUAUUUGCCCAUACUCGCUCUUCGCCUGGGCGCAGCUCUCGAGCUCGCUCGCCACGGUCGUCAAGGGGCAUCGGGUCCCCCGCCCAGUGGGAAGCCAGCCCUACAACAGGCUCUCGAUCGCAUCGUCGUCGGCAACAAAGAUCGCGACCCGAUCGAAGAUGCCGGACCUAAACGUCCAAUGAGAACACUUCAGGAGAUGCUCUCGCCCAGCUAG